AUGAUGUCUACUGCCAUAAUGCAUCAGUCUGCGCUGUACGACUUUGGUGAUCUGUUCUUGAAGGUGAGUCCAGAUUACGAGUUGGAUGAAUUGGCGUUAAUUAACCAAUCUCGGCCAGUGCAGACGAUGAACGCCACACUGAGCGCGACCCUUGGCCCUGUGGGAGCUGGAGCAGUAUCUGGUGCAGUCAGUUGGGAACAGCAUCCAGUACUAGCUCGCGCCGCUUCCGUGCCAGCUCACCGAGCCCUCGCCGGGCUGCUCGAUCGUCUCGGGCACCGCCGGCUCGAGCGCACCACCAGCGAACCUGCGCCACCCCCACCAGCCACAAGCAGAUACAAGACAGAACUCUGCAGACCUUUCGAGGAAGCCGGUGUAUGCAAAUAUGGCGAUAAGUGUCAAUUUGCGCAUGGAAUGCGCGAACUACGCAACUUGCAACGCCACCCCAAGUACAAGACGGAACUGUGUCGCACAUUCCACUCUGUUGGAUUUUGUCCAUAUGGACCCCGGUGCCACUUCGUACACAACGCAGAAGAGGCGCGGCGCCGUGAACCGCCUUCUCCCGGUGGCUCCUUGGCGUCCCUGUCGUCUGGCGGCUCCCUAGCCUCCUACAUGAGCGACGGCUCGCGCUCCCCGCGCUCGCCCCACUCGCCGCUGGCCCCGCAGUCUCCCCUGGCGCCGCACUCACCUCCUGCAAUGUCUCCCCCUGCGCACGCCACGGCAUUCGCGUUCCGCCGCACGCAGUCUCCUGACCCUGAAGAAGAACGACUCCCUGUGUUCAACCGUCUGUCAUCGGCGUUCGGGGACCUCGUUAUCGCCUAG